AUUACUCCACCGCCACCCCAUCAACCCCACUCCACCACCACCAUGCCCCUCCUCCUCCUCCUCCUCCACCUCUCCAUUUCUCUAACCUCCCUCCUCCCUAUACAAAAAAAACCCAUCAAAAUGUCAAAACUCAUAACUCCACUGUUCUAUCUCUUCCUCCAUCUCCAACUCCUCAAUUUCGCACUCUCUCUCUCCUCCGACGGCCUCUCUCUUCUCUCUCUUAAAUCCGCCGUCGACGGCGGCGCCACCGCCUUCCCCGACUGGAACGACAACGACACCACCCCCUGUCACUGGACUGGAAUCUUCUGCACCAACAUCUCCGGCGAAUCCCGAGUUGUCGGAAUCACCAUCACCGGCCUUAAUCUCCGGGGUUACAUUCCGUCGGAGCUUGGAACCCUAGUUUAUCUCCGGCGACUGAACCUCCACGGUAACAACUUUUAUGGGUCCGUACCAGAUCACCUCUUCAAUGCUUCUUCACUCCACAGUUUGUUUCUCUACGGUAACAAUCUCUCCGGUUCUCUCCCUCCUUCUCUCUGUAAUCUCCCUCGGAUUCAAAACCUCGACCUCUCGAAUAACUCGUUCAUAGGUUCGAUUCCUGAUGAUCUUCGAAACUGUAAACAGUUGCAACGGUUGAUUCUAGGUCGGAACAAGUUUUCCGGCGAUUUUCCGGCGGGGAUUUGGUCGGAGUUGACGAAUUUGAUUCAGCUCGAUCUCUCAUCUAACGAUUUCACUGGUUCGAUUCCUGAAGAUAUUGGGGAUUUGAGGUCUCUAUCUGGAACUCUCAAUCUCUCUUUCAAUCAUUUCUCUGGAAAACUUCCGAAAUCAAUGGGUGAUUUGCCAAUGACAGUGAGUUUCGAUCUUCGAAACAACAAUUUCAGCGGCGAAAUUCCACAGACUGGUUCGUUUUCGAAUCAGGGUCCAACUGCGUUUCUCAGCAACCCAUUUCUCUGUGGAUUUCCUCUCCAAAAAUCGUGCCCGAAAAGCUCGCCGGAAACCCAGAACUCGUCGCCGGAAACUACCAACCCAAGUCCCAAAAAACGAUUAAAGUCGAGUUUGAUCAUACUGAUCUCAGUCGCUGACGCAUUUGGAGUUGCGUUUAUUGGAUUAAUCAUUGUAUAUCUCUAUUGGAAGAAAAAAGAUUCUCAUAGUUGUAGCUGCACUGGAAAACGAAAAUUCGGUGGUGAUAGGAAGCCAAUGCUCUGUUCUUGCCCCUGUAUCAAUGGGUUUUCGAGUAAUGACUCGGAAUUGGACUCAGAAAAAGAUGGUGGUGAUGGUGGUGGUGGCGGCGAGGGUGAUCUGGUGGCGAUUGAUAAAGGGUUUGAUUUCGAGCUUGAUGAGCUUUUAAGAGCAUCAGCUUAUGUGUUGGGGAAGAGUGGGUUGGGAAUUGUGUAUAAAGUUGUGCUCGGAAAUGGCGUUCCGGUGGCAGUUAGGCGGUUGGGGGAAGGUGGGGAGCAGCGGUAUAGGGACUUCGCCGCUGAGAUUCAGGCAAUCGGAAGGGUGAAACACCCUAAUAUUGUGAGGUUGAGAGCAUACUAUUGGGCCCCUGAUGAGAAGCUUCUCAUCAGUGAUUUCAUCUCCAAUGGCAACUUGGCUUCUUCUCUUCGUGGGAGAAAUGGUCAGCCAUCAUCCAGCCUCUCAUGGUCAACCAGGCUGAAGAUUGCAAAGGGAACAGCACGGGGCUUGGCCUACCUCCACGAAUGCAGUCCAAGGAAAUUCGUCCAUGGAGAUAUCAAGCCAUCCAACAUUCUACUCGACAAUGAAUUCCAGCCUCACAUUUCCGACUUUGGCCUCAACCGCCUCAUUAACAUCACGGGGAACAACCCCUCCUCGUCUGGUGGCUUCAUUGGCGGAGCCCUUCCCUAUCUAAAGUCCGUCCAACCAGAGCGAACAAACAACUACAAAUCACCAGAGGCGCGUGUCAAUGGAAACCGACCUACCCAAAAAUGGGAUGUGUAUUCAUUCGGGAUUGUCCUACUUGAAUUGCUGACAGGAAAGUCCCCAGAGCUUUCCUGUCCAACCACAUCGACUUCCACAGAAGUCCCGGAUCUAGUGAGGUGGGUAAGGAAGGGAUUUGAAGAGGAGACUCCAUUGUCAGAUAUGGUUGAUCCGAUGUUGCUUCAAGAAGUUCAGGCCAAGAAGGAAGUACUAGGUGUGUUUCACAUAGCCCUCGCUUGCACAGAGGGAGACCCUGAGGUUCGGCCUAGGAUGAAAACUGUCUCGGAAAAUCUUGAAAGGGUUGGAACAUAACAUUCAUUUUGUUGUCAACCAAUAGAUUUGUCAAGUAUUGAUGUUUUUGAUUUUUUUUUUUUUUUGUAAUGGCCAACUGAUCCUUCUCUUUUUCGAGUCCUUGGGCCCUCAAGAACUGAUCGGAGUUUGUCUCUACCAAACAAGGCACAAAUAUUCUUGAUGUUUUGGCAAUUUGUUAUAAAUUUGUUCUCAUUUGAUGUAGAGGGGAAGCUAGUUGAUUUUGUAAUUUAUAAAUACUAAUACCUACCCAGUUGCUUCAAUAUGUGUUUGCAAUAACAUGUAUCAUUUUUUUUUUCUUCA